AUGUCGACAGUCGUGGUGGAGCAGCUCCGUGAUUCCGGGAUGGCUACACCCAAAAGUACAAGCGGAAAAGCUCAAAUGGCCGCUGCAAAAGGAUCCAAAGACGAGUCGCGAUUCGACAGAGCUGUGGAUAUUGUGGGAAAGGAGGCGGACAAGCAACUAGAAGGAGCGAAGACAGUGUAUUGCAGCAACGCGGUCGUCGCUGGUCCAAUCGCAGCAAUGGGGGACGAUAAUGACGUGCGUGGCAUAAAAAGCAGUGGGGAAAGUGCAUGGGAGACGUCGACAAAACGAGUGGAGCAGAUGAGACGGAGAUUGCAAGUUCAGCUGCAAUUUGUGGAGAAGGCGCGACGACAAAUAUUGGACGAGACGCACCCGGAUAUGGUCGAGAGGCUGCGGCAAGCGGCAAGAGAACGCGAUCAGUUGUUGGGUGCAGCAAAACAACGGAACGAGUACUUCCAGCAUGGCACGGCCGUGAUCUUUAACUAUGAGUGUGAUGAAGCUAACUCGGAGUACGAUCUGCGAUGCGAGAAGUUGCGUCAGGAUAUGCUUGAGGAGAUUCACCAUGAGAUGGAGAUCCUGAAUGAUCAGCGCAAGGGGGGUCACAAUUGCGUGCGAACAACGACGCGCAAGACACGCAGUACCCGCACAAAAGCAGGUCCAGAUCCAGUUCUUGUCCUUGACACGGCACAGAAAAUCAAGAAACGAGCUGGCCACGUCUUCCAGCCGUUAGAGAAAGAGUUGGGGCAGUCGGAGAUUGAUCACGAUGUGCGCGAGCUCACGAACGUUUAUAUGAUGACUAAGAAACGACGCAUGGAAUUUGACACUGUCACGCCAGUGGUUAAAUUCUAUCGCAACAAGUUUCUGUAUCGAGACUGGAUCUUCCAGGAGGGCGACGAAGUGUAUGUACUCGACUAUUCUGUAUCGAGUGAAUAUGCAGCCGUCAUCUGUGGCAUUUCAUCGACCGAACUCCUCGUCUUGUCGGAGAAGGGAAAGCACUACCGGUUGGUUAUCAUGGACAUCCGGCAAGGUCGUGUCGUGCUCACCACCUUGUCAUCAGAGCAGGCUGCUUCCCGAGACGACCUCGGCGAUGAGAGUUUUUAG